UCUUGGCUGACGCAACACACGGUCCACAGUCGCGUUCGCAUCACCCACAAGUACGGAAGUUAUAGCUCUCCGGAAAACAGGAUAAAUACCCUGUAAUUUGCCAACUUAAAGUGAAGUGAUAAACGAAACAAGGUUUCCGAGUGAUACAAAGCAGUGAAAAAUAUAAGUAAACUUCAAUAACAAGUUACUGGGAUUACGUUUGCAAAAUGUUACCUUCCUGCUAUGCCACUGGAUCCAUGCUGCCGGACAAUGAGGAGCUCGUCAGCUCCCUGCUCGCCAAUCCGGACUAUCUCAGGACCCAGGUGUCGCCCAAUCCACUGGCACCAAGUGCCGUCGGAGGUGCGGGCAUGGAGGGUCUGAUGUGCGGAUCGUUUUCGCCGGCCUUCUACUACCAGGGCAUCGAUAGCUUCCUGGCCCUGCACAACAACAUCUGGGGACUGCCCAUAUCCUUUCUGCACAACUCCCAUCGGCCGGAGAAGCCUCCGUUCUCCUACAUCGCCCUCAUUGCCAUGGCCAUAAGCAGUGCGCCCAAUCAGCGAUUGACUCUCAGUGGAAUCUACAAGUUCAUCAUGGAUAAAUUUCCCUAUUAUAGGGAAAACAAGCAGGGCUGGCAGAACUCAAUCCGCCACAAUCUGUCCCUGAACGACUGCUUCGUGAAGAUUCCGCGGGACAAGAACACCAUUGAGGAUAACGACAGUGCUGGGAAGGGAAGCUACUGGAUGCUGGACUCCUCCGCAUCGGAUAUGUUCGAGCAGGGAAACUACCGCCGGAGGAGAACGCGCAGACAGAGGCAUUGUGGCCACGCCAAUCGCUACGAAAGGGAAUCCGUAAGGGAUUCCAAUGAUGGCAACAAUAGUGCAGCCGAGAUUCGUUCGUCCAGCGAACCGCUGAGUGACUUCGAUAUCUUCUGCAACGAGAGGCCCAAUUACUCCGACAGGAUUACGGAUCUGCACAGGCAGUACUUGUCCGUGUCCUUGGGCUUCAACAGUCUGUUCAACAGCGAGGCACGUGGUAUCCGACCACUGCCCGAGAUCAGGGAAUGCCCAGACGAUGUGGACGCCUCCUCCAGCUCCAGCAAAGCACUGCCAAACCCCAUGGAACUCCAUGAGGAGCUACAUUCCCCGAGCGCCUUUACUCCUCCGCUGAUUCGCCGGGAAACCAGCUCAUCGGCUGCGCCUGUCCUAGGUGAAGCCUUUCAUGGACUCAAGGAGGCGGAGGACGCUGCGCGGAGUAGUCCAGUGGCCAGCAACCGAUCGAAGACCACGCUGUUUACCAUCGACAACAUCAUUGGCAAGCCAUAGGGAAUUCAGCUUUGGGCUUGAAUAUUUGAAUUUAGUGAUAAAUUGCUUAAAAUACACAACAGUGAUUGAGUUUUAAAAUAUAGAUUGAUUUGCAUUGGUAGUUAUCUGAAA